AUGGGAAUGGCAGCUGCAGAGGCUCAGUUUCAUGUGUUGGCUGUGGAUGAUAGCUUGAUUGAUAGGAAAUUGAUUGAGAGGCUUCUUAAGACCUCUUCUUAUCAAGUUACCACAGUUGAUUCUGGUAACAAAGCUUUAGAGUUUCUUGGUUGGUAUAAAGAUGAAAGUGGCAACUCAAAUACUUUUGAUUCCCCCAAAAAUCAUCAGGAGGUGGAAGUAAAUCUUGUUAUUACAGACUAUUGCAUGCCUGGGAUGACAGGCUAUGAUUUGCUCAAGAAAAUGAAGGAAUCCACAUUUCUUAGAGACAUACCAGUUGUCAUCAUGUCAUCUGAAAAUGUUCCCUCAAGAAUAAACAGAUGCUUAGAAGAAGGGGCAGAGGAGUUUUUUCUGAAGCCAGUGAGAUUAUCAGAUGUGAAUAAGCUGAGGCCCCACAUGAUGAAAGCCAAAAGCUGCAAGGAUAUUAUUAUUCAAAAGCCUGAAAAUGAGGAAGAAAAGCUAGAGAAUAAUAAAGUAUCAUCAUCUCAGACCAAAUUAGAGUCACCAACAAAAAUGAUGCCACACUCCAAUAAUAAUAAUAAUAAUAAUAAUAAUAAUAAUAAUAGCAAGAAGAGGAAAUCCAUGGAUGAUGAUGGGCCUUCACCAGACAAGGCCAGGCCCAGAUACAACAACAAUGGCUGCACUGUCAUGUCCAAUUAA